CGGGCUGCACUUCAUCGGGCACUCGCUGGGGGCAGGUACCGCCGCUCUGUGCGCGCUGCUAGCCACCUGCGACCCCACCCACUCCGCCGCACUGGGGCUGCGGGAGGAGGGGCGGCUGGAAGGCGCCACCGCAACCUCCACCUCCACCUCUGCCGCUGCUUCUGCUGCUGCUGGUGGUAGUGGUGGUGGUGCUGCUGCUGUCGCCUCCACCUCCACCGCCUCCGAGCCCGCGCCUUCAUCACCCGCUUCAACAGCUCCGUCCACAAGCACCCCCUCACCUUCACCCUCAGCAGCACCUGCCUCCUCCCCGUCCUGUCACGGCAGCAGCGGUGCAGCUACCCCUGCUGCUGCUGCUGCUGGUGCUGCCGAAGAGGGCGGUAGUGGCGGUGUCGCCACCCUCCCCGGCACCCUCCCCGGCACCCUCCCCGGCACCCUCCCCAGCACCCUCCCCGGUGGUGUGGUGGUUCGUGCCACCUGCUUCGCGCCACCCCCGGUGCUCUCCCCACAGGCGGCGGAGGCGUGUGUGGGAUUGGUGGACAGCAUCGUGUAUAACGCCGACAUGGUCAGUCGUUGCAGUGUGGUGUCGCUGCGGCGGCUGGCGGGGGAGCUAGGCGGCGCGAGUGAGGAGGUGCUGGCGAGGAGCGAGCUGGCGCAGGCCCUCCGCCGCUCCGGAGCCCUGGGUCUAGCAACCCAUUUGGUGGCUGCAGCGCUGUGCAGGUGCCCGCCGCCGCCGCAGCAGGAUGCCCCGUUCACCCCCCUGUGUGCGCCCCAUGCGCCGCCUCCUCCGCCGGCCCUGGCUCGCCCGGCUGUGGCGGAGGGCCUGUCGCUGCUGGGGGGAGCGCUGGGCCGGGCGGCGGCGGCGGCGCUGGCGCCUCCAACCCAGCCAAGUAGGCCGUGUUUUGCAUGACGGCCGCAUGGCGCAGCUGGCGACGCUGGGCGCGCAGCUCAAGGCGGCCGCAAACGCCGCCGUCACCGCCGCCGCCGCCGAGCUACACACCGCCGCCGCCGCCGCCGCCAGUCCAGCCAAAGCCACCCUCCUCCAGCCGCCGCUGCCGCCGCCAGAGCCCGUCGGGCCUCCAACGAGCUUUCUGCCGCCGCUGGUGCCAGCGGCGGGGGGUGCUGGCGGCGGCGGCGGAGCCGGCGUCGCCAGCGGCGGCGGCAGGGGUUACAUGCCGGAGGUGACGGCGUCGAUCAAGCGAGC